CGGGUAUGUUUUUAGGAAGGUCCUAGCGAGUUGAGUAUUCGUACGCGAUUCGGUUCCGUGAUUAAGUGCAUCCUCAGCAAGCAGUGCGAAAGUGUUUUUCCUCGUUGGCGUUGGUGAUUGACAUACGGACAGAAGCCUGGGAGAGGAACCUGUCGCGCGUUGUUGGUACCGAAGUCUGUAGGAUGCAUUUGCACAAUUGAUAGUUUGCCCGUGUUUUCCGUGGGACGAUCAGGCCCAAAUAGGAGUGCAGCAUCACAACGCGUAGGAUUUACCAACGAGUGCUGUGAAAGUUUUCCCCAUUUUGUUAUUGUUUUUGGCGGAGGGACUGGUGCUAUUUGGGUGAUGCUGCUGGUGAUGACGAUGCGAUGACGGUUAUCCUGCUGAGUGGAAUGAUUUUCUGUUAGUGCACUGGAGUUCGGAACGUGGCGAAGAGGUUGCAAUUUCUGAAGAAGACGAAGCACGGGAUCGGUGAAAGCAUUGCGGAUGUGGAUGAUGACGAUGGUGAUGCUUUUUUCGGGGGAAAUAGCCAUGAUGAUUAUGAUGCUGUAGUAGUGAGAAGCACAGAACUUCGGCCCCCCAAACGAAGCUAGCGGAUGCGAAAAAGGUGUUUUAUGAGUGUUUAUGUGUAGUGUGCUUCGAGCAGCACCGGAAUAGUGCAUUUCGACGGUAUUGUUUUUGUUUUGGUGAAACUUUCGGUGCAACUUUGUCGGAAAGGAUUGAAUGGAGGCCUGCAAUCAAUUCGGAGUCUGUGUGCUUGACAACAUUGUGCUUUAAAUUGGAAGUUGUUAGGUUGAAGUUGAUGAACGCAGUCCAACAAACGGAUCUGAGCGUGAAAAGUACAUUUAUCAACAUUCAAUAGUUAUUGACAGCACCCGGUUCACCGCACUGGUAGGAAAAACCAACCAUCGGUUAUAAUUACAGAAACAAUCCAACCAUUGCCACGCCGGAGAAAUUCCUAGUUUGGUUCGGCAAAUAUCGUGCUAUCGGUGAUUGUUUCCGAAAUAAUUAAUUUUCCUUUCACCUCACCAUUGCCGUGCACCCCACAGAGCCCGACCAUAUACUUUCCACAAUCAUGGAAAACUCUCCAACAUGACCACCAUUGGAGGCGUGUUGAAGCGAAGUGAAGUGUUGGCGUGUGCGUUUAUUACGACUUCGACCUGCGACCACUGACCGAAACAGCCUCAGCAGCAGUGCAAUUGCACUACCAUCCUAGGGCUUUGCCACUUGGCAGCAAAUUCCCUUCAACCACAGCCAACCAGCCAGUGCCAAUUCAAGUUGAAAUUCAAUAAUAUUAAAUCAUUAUUUAAUGACGGUGCACCACCUUCCGCCCAGCGCAGAAGUGCUGCUCGAUUGGUGUUCAACAGCCCGGAAAUUGGUGCAUAGUUAGGGUGCAGUAAUUAUAACAAUAAGCGCAAAAAGUGGUGUGUAUUGUGCGGUGGCUUACGAGGCGAAACCCGAAACUGAACUGCUGAUUAAACCCGGACCCUUGGAAGCUGGACCCUCACCGGAGUGAAACGUUACAAUAAUGCUGAUAAUACACACAAUCAAAUUAAUUUUAAUAACCUUAAACAUUCUGCCAAAUCGGUUCAACCACCGGAAUGUGCUCUUCAUGAUCUACCUGGGGUCGCUCGUCACGCAUGUGUUCAUGGACGAGCCGCGAUUUGCACAGCCCAUCCCAAAUGUGACAGUAGCAGUCGGGAGAGAUGCGAAUCUGCCUUGCGUGGUAGAACAUUUAGGGACAUACAAGGUCGCAUGGAUCCACAUAGACCGGCAGAUGAUACUGACGAUACAUCGGCACGUGAUCUCCCGGAUUCCACGGUACAGUGUCACCUACGACAAUUCCAACACGUGGCUGUUGCACGUUAGCCAAGCCCAACAGGACGACCGGGGCUACUACAUGUGCCAAGUCAACACCAACCCCAUGAUCAGCCAAGUUGGCUAUCUGCAAGUAGUGGUGCCUCCAAACAUUCUAGACAUCGAGAGCACACCGUCGUCGGUGGCGGUGCGAGAGAACCAAAACAUCAACAUGACAUGUCGAGCCGAUGGAUUUCCCACACCAAAGAUCAUCUGGCGACGUGAGGAUGGCCAGAGCAUCACCGUCGAGCGGAAAAAGAAAGUGAUGGUUUACGACGGUGAAGUGCUACAUCUGACAAAAGUGAGCCGAAACGAGAUGGGUGCUUAUCUCUGCAUCGCCACUAAUGGUGUGCCACCAUCAGUGUCUAAGCGGAUUAUUCUCGACGUUGAGUUUUCUCCAAUGAUAUGGGUGCCAAAUCAACUCGUGGGUGCCCCUCCAUCAACUGACGUAACGAUAGACUGUCACACGGAAGCCCACCCUAGAGCGAUCAUCUACUGGGUGUACAAUGCCGUAAUGGUGCUACCGAGCAAAAAGUUUAUAAUCGAUUACAACGAAAACUCUUAUCGAGCACAUAUGAAGCUGACCAUUAAGAAUUUAUCGCUCGGUGACUUUGGGAAUUAUCGAUGUAUAUCGAAAAACUCCUUAGGGGAAACGGAAGGAUCGAUACGGGUCUACGAAAUUCCGAUGCCAUCCACGCCGUCGAAACAAAUAACACACGUAGUGGAACCAAAGGAAGUAGCGCCACCGCGAAACGAAUCCAUUAAGGUCGUCCAACCCGAGGUGCUCUAUCCAAUUAAGAACGACGAAAGCUACGCGCAACGUUCGCCUAAUGGCAUCCCAUUCGAGCGCAAGGGUUUGGCAAUUGGACAGAGCUACUACACCGACAUGCCACCGAAGGAUUUCGGCUUCUCGCACGCUGCCCCCCUUCGGUGGAACUGCGAAGUGUACUGCACAAUCGUGAAAAUUAUAAGCAUAUCUUCAUCGAUCACUUACUCCUACUGCAUCGCAAAUCAGCUGUUUCUGUAAAAAUAAGACACAUUUUCCUGAAAGGAUUGUACAUUACCGAACAGUAUUUAAGUUUGUUGCGUACAUGUCAAAGAAAAUAACACAUCCCUUAAAACAUCCCAUAUCACAAAAAUGCACAAGUUUGAACUCCACUUCCCCAUGAUUUCAAUCAACAUAUCAUUAUUUUGUACAUUGUAAACUAAACUAAACGUGAACGAGGCUAAGCGAGUGAUACUAUAGUCAAAUUGCAUAAUAAUGGUAAAUACAGUGAAACGAAACUCAGAAACCCGAAUUGCCAACCAACACCCACAUCCUCACAACACACAAACCAGUUCCCUUCCUCAAGAUAACAUCCCGCAACACAAUAUAUCAAUUAAGGCAACUAACUAGAGCUAACUACUAACUAGGAUGUUAAUAUGAUUCAAAUCCUUUAAACAAAACUCAAAUCUAGCAAAUAUUUGACAAAGAUGCGCUUUUUGUUGCCGCAAAUCAUUGAACAAUAAGAAAACUAUAUACAUAUAUAGAUCGUAACUGAGUCCUAGGCUGAUUAUAUCUUAGUGUAUGAUAAAAUGGAGGGAAAAGAAAUGAAUCAAAUCAGUUGUUAAAUAGAUGUAGCCAUACCCAGGGUGACUCUGAAAAUAUUGGUGAGAAUUAGACUGUGAUUUUCCAAAACUUUUCAAUGUUUUGAGUCACUCAACCCAAAAAAAAUCAUUUGAACACACUAGCAAAGCCUAGCAAUGUACAUAUUGUCUCACCCUGCUAUCACAAACCAUGAAAAAGGUACCAAUUUGUAUUAAAAAACUACAUUAGCCAAACCAAAAGAAAUACCCCACAGAGACCAUCAAAGAGAAACAUAAAGUAUUAUUUUAAGCAUAAUCAUACACAUUAUAACGUUUAAUUGACAUUCAGGAAUUGUCAAAGAGAUGAAAAUGAAGUUAUGACACUCUUGGAAUCAAAAGAAAUCUGCAAGAUCAAUUACGUAUGUAAACAAAAUCUGUUUUGAUCGAGGCAAAAUUAUUUCACCUCGCUUAAAUCAUGGCACUCGGAUUGAGUUCGAACAGAUGGGUGUGGAAAAAAAGUGGAAAAAUGCUAUAUAGAAAUAACGAAGCUCAUAACGACUAGUGACUGCAGCAGAGCAAAAAAAAACCGAACGAAUGGCAAUUCGUUCAAAAUGUAUUAUUAUAGGAUAUUUUUGUUAACUUGAAUACCAUGAACGAAUCAAUACGAAAAUGAAGCAAAUAAAAAGCCGAGGAAAAUAUUUGAUUUGAAUAA